CUUUUAAAUUAUCUUUUUUGAUAUUAGAGAAAAUUUGAACUCAACAUAAUUUAGAUGUCUACAAGAUAUAAUUUACCAUUAAACCAAACACCUUUUAACCUCUAAAUCCAAAUCCUAGAAAAUGAAGAUAUGGUUCCAAAUCCUAUUGAUAAAAAUCGACCUUGUCCACGAAGAUUUCUUUCCUUUGAGUAGCAAUCUAAUUUUCACCUCUGUCCCCUAUUUUUCCUUACACCAUUCCUAAAAUCUUUUUCUCAGAUGGCUGCAGCGAAAAGGGUUUUCUCAGAAUGCAAAAUGUGGAAGCAUAGGCAAGGCAUGCGAACUGUUUGACAGAAUGCCUCAAAAAGAUGUGUCCUCGUCGACCGCAAUGAUUGCAGGAUAUGCACAAAUGGAUAUGUUGAAAGGCUUUAGGAAAUUUCGAGUAAAUGUAAUUGGCCAAAUUUCACAACCUUUACCAGCGUUCUCCCUGCUUGUGCCAAAAUACGAGCUUUGGAAUAGAGAAGUUACAAAUGCCCUGGUAACUGUGUAUGCAAAAUGUAGGAGCACAGACAAGGCAGAUGUGAAGCCAGACUCGACAACCUUUGCGAAGGUCCCCUCUGCCUCUAUCAAGAUGGGAGCUUUGGAAGAGGGUGUGGACAUCCACUAAAGCAUAAUGGAAGGGAUAUUUUUGCUAAAUGCUAAAAUACAUUAGGCGAAACAUUUCCAUCCAAUUCAGGUUCAACUUUCCUUCAAAUAUUUUGUACAAAAUGCUGAAUACUUAUCUAGGCUAGUUGACUGCACUCCAUGAGAUUCCAUGGUGUAAUCAAACCUCCCACAUCUAUCGUUAAAAUUUUAGAUUUCAAUUUUUU